UGUAUCAACAAGUAAGCAAAACCCACCAAAACAAAGACACGGACACAGACACACAAACACACACAAAUGGAAGUUUGGUCUUCAUCAUCAUUAGCCCACCCUUCCGCUGCUGGUGCUGCCCGCCUCAUCGCACAUUCUUCUUCAUCUUCUUCAGCAAAACCCUUUCAUUUAAUCACCAAAUAUAAUCAAUAUAAUAAUAAAAAUCCACUUAUUAUUAUUCCCAUUAAACAACAAUACAAUAAAAACUUCUUCAAUCCAAUGAAACCCACUUCUUGUAACGCCUCUUCUUUGACAGCUACUGACCAUCCUCUAGACAACAACACUGUUAUGGAUCGAAUUGGGACGGUGAAAAGGGUUACGAACGAAACGAAUGUAUUUGUGGAGUUAAAUUUGGAUGGUGUUGGUUCACCUGACAGUAAUACUGGGAUUCCCUUUCUUGAUCAUAUGUUGGAUCAACUUGCUUCCCACGGAUUAUUCGAUGUGCAUGUGAAGGCUGUUGGUGAUAUUCACAUUGAUGACCAUCACACAAAUGAAGAUGUCGCCCUUGCCAUUGGAACGGCAUUGCUGAAUGCACUUGGUGAUAGGAAAGGAAUUAAUCGGUUUGGUGACUUCACAGCUCCACUUGAUGAGGCGCUCGUACAUGUUACUCUGGAUUUAUCUGGACGGCCGCACUUAAGCUAUGACUUGCAAAUUCCCACCGAGAGAGUCGGAACAUAUGACACACAGCUUGUGGAGCACUUUUUCCAGUCAGUUGUCAAUACAUCUGGAAUGACCCUUCACAUCCGCCAGCUUGCUGGGAAAAAUUCUCACCAUAUUAUUGAGGCAACAUUCAAGGCAUUUGCAAGGGCUCUGAGGCAAGCAACGGAAUAUGAUCCACGUCGGCGUGGGACUAUCCCUAGCUCAAAAGGGGUGUUGUCCCGUUCAUGAUGCACUUUAGCAAGAAAUAGCAAAUCGUGGAUCAUGGAAAUCGUGAUGUUACUUACUUUUGCCAUUGAUUCAGUUUAGUUGUCAUGUAGAAGAGAACAUUGUUGUACAUCACAUGGAAGUGAUUUCAUCCUUUCAAAUCAUGACCUUAUCUUACAUCAUCGAUAAGAUGUCUAUCUUCAUGAGGCUAUGUGGAGAUGUUAAUGUAAAUGAGACUAAAACGUGAUGUUCAAAUCCUCGUGUUAACUGGAUGAGUUCAUGUGGCAUGAGAAGUUUUAUAGACUCAUUUAUUCUUCCGUGAAAGUUGCCAUGUUUUGAUGUUAAUUUAAUGUGCUUUUUAGUUUUUCAUGCCAACUAUAAUAACCAUCUAGCGAUGUUGUUUCGUUUGUUAAAUAAUGUUGACCUUGGUUCAUAGAAUUCUUGUGUUUUUUAUUUUAAUUUAUUUGUUAUUUCAACUUUAAAAUUUUUAUAAUGGAUGAACAAUAAGCUAUCUGUGAAUCAUCA